AUGUCGACGCAUCCCAACCCGCAGGACUCGAUGAAGUCAACCUGGCUCCGAGGCGACCGGGGCCAGUGGCGGUGGUCGCACCGCAUCCUCGCUACGCAGCUCUCCAGCUACCCGGAGCUCGAGAAGGACAUACCGGUCCACGCCAAGACGUCGCCGAUGCCGUACCUCGCCGGCUGGACGCCGCACGCGUUCGUGCUCCUCACCGCGCUCAGCACCAUGGCCUUGCACCAGGCGGUGCUCUUCGCCACCGGGCAGCGCGCGCUGUCUGCCUGGCUCGUGUUCGGCCUGUACACGGCGUCGGCGCUCAACAUGCUCGGGAGGCUGACCACGGCGCUGCGGCGCCUCGGCAAGGCGCACGGCUUCCUGGACGGCGCGCACGCGCGCGACAGCGUGCCGGACGUCGGCGUCGACCGCGUCGCCGUCUCCCUCGGCAAGCUGAUGCUCGGCCGGCCCGGCCUCACCGUGCUGCUCGCCUACCAGGGCGCCGCCACGGGGUCGCCGCUGGAGGCGUUGGCGCGGCCGGAGUGGUGGGCGUGGAUGCUGGUGCACGUCGGCGCGUACACGCUGGCGCUCGACUUCUUCUUCUACUGGUACCACCGCGCGAUGCACGACGUGCCGGCGCUGUGGCGCUUCCACCGCCGGCACCACCUGACCAAGCACCCGAGCGCGCUGCUGACGGGCUACGCGGACGACGCGCAGGAGAUGGGCGACAUUGUCGUGAUGCCGCUGCUGGCGUUUUUCACGCUGCGCGCGGUGUUUGGGCCGGAGCGGUUCGACUUUUACCACUGGUGGGUGUGUCAGACGUACGUCAUGUUUACGGAGUCGGUUGGGCACUGCGGCGUGCGGAUGCUGGCGUCGGCGCCGUCGACGUGGGGAUGGUUGUGGGAUCGGCUGGGCGUGUCGCUGGCGAUUGAGGAUCAUGAUUUGCAUCAUCGGCGAGGGAGCAGGAAGAGCUUCAACUACGGCAAGCAGACGCUCGUCUGGGACCACGUGUUUGGCACAGUGUACCCACGCGAGGAGUCUCACAACGUGGAUUGGACGAGGCCGGUGUACUUUCCCUUAUUUUAG